ACCAAGAAAGUUUGAGGCCUUUGUGCCGAUUCCUCACCCAAACAAAAACAAUCUUCGAAAUCCAAUCUCAGCCAAUCAUCUUCCACAAAAUUCCCAUAAAAUAUAUACUUACACUGAAUCGAUGUCCCUUCUGGACAGUAGCAGGCCAUCUCUGUCCCUCCACCAUGCCUGCAGCUGCUUUUCCUUCUUCUUUCUGCUUCUCCUCUCAUGAACUCUCUGCUUCUCCCUCAAAUUCCCAGCAACCGAACACUUUCUUGGCCGCCAAACCCAAAAGCCUCUUCCACAAGCAUCCUCUCUACACGCCGCUUCAUUCCACUCUGUCUUCCCAAAUCAAAGAGAAAAUCCUCUGCCUUGAAAUCAUGGGUGUGGAUGCUGGAAAGGCUCUUUCCCAGAAUCCUUCUCUCCACUCUGUAACUCUUGAAUCCAUUCAUUCUGUGAUAUCCUUUCUCCAAUCCAAAGGAAUUCACCAAAAGGACUUCGCCAAGAUCUUUGGAAUGUGUCCCAAAAUCCUCACGUCUGAUGUUAAAGCUGACUUAAUCCCAGUUUUCAGUUUCCUGUCAGAAGACCUUAAAAUCCCAGAUCAGAAUUUCAGAAGGGUCAUUAACAAGUGCCCUAGAUUGCUUGCUUCAAGUGCCAAAGACCAGCUGAAACCAGCUUUGUUUUACCUACAAAGACUUGGGUUUAAGGAUUUGGAGGCCUUGGCUUACCAGGACUCUGCUUUGCUGGUUUCAAGUGUGGAGAAGACCUUGAUUCCCAAACUCAAGUAUUUGCAGAGUUUGGGAUUCUCGAGGAGUGAAACUGUGGGGAUGGUUUUAAGGUGUCCGGCUCUGCUCACUUUCAGUAUUGAAAAUAACUUAAAGCCUAAGUUUGAGUAUUUCUCUGGGGAGAUGCAGAGGAAAGUGGAGGAGCUCAAGGACUUCCCUCAGUAUUUUGGGUUCAGCUUGGAGAAGAGGAUAAAGCCAAGGUAUGUGGAGACAGUGCAGAGUGGAAAGAACGUGGCUUUGCCUCUUAUGCUUAAGGCCACUGAUGAUGAGUUUAAAGAGUUGUUAAGAGAAGAGGGUGGUUGAAUCUCUCUCUCUUUCUCUUCUUUGUGGCUUAUAGAAAGGGAGGCUGAUCUUUUCUGUUCUUGCCCCAUUAUGUUUUACUCUGUAAAUCACUAUGACUUAUAAAAGCUUCAUGAGCAGUGGCAGUUCAUCAUGAUAUGGGUUUUUCU